CAGGCUCUGGCCGAGGACUGGACUUGACUUACUCUCUAUCCAUGCUACUGGAAAACAGGCAGUCUUAACCACUGUGAAGCUUAAAUGGUCUUGUUCUUUCAACUAUUUCUUCAACCUUUGUGUGGUUGUAUAGAGAGCUGGAGACUGGAACUGCUGGACAAGUUGGAGGCUACGAUGGAGAAGAGUACAGCUCAGCCACCAAAGAACCGAACACGGAGCAGAAGCUGUUCUCCACCUCCCAACAUGUCUCCUCUAAGGGUCGUGCUGCUGGGGAAAACUGGUUCUGGAAAGAGUGCCUCAGCAAACACCAUCCUGGGGAGGAAAGCUUUUAAAGAGGGUGGCUCAUUUGAAUCAGUGACUGAAAAGUGCAGUAAUCAACAUACUGUAGUGAAUGGCAAAGAGAUUACAGUGAUUGAUACUCCAGGAUUGUUUGAUACAGAAAAGCCUGUGGAAGAGCUGAAUGAUGAGAUGGAGAAGUGUGUUGAGAUGUCUCUCCCUGGGCCUCAUGCCUUCCUGCUGGUGAUCAGAUUAGAUGUGAGGUUCACAAAGGAGGGGAAGAAUGCUGUGAAGUGGAUCCAGGAGAACUUUGGUGAGGAGGCGCUGAAGUACACUAUAGUGCUCUUCACUCAUGGGGAUGUGCUGGAGGGGAAACCAGUGAAGGAUGUUCUGCGCAGAAGUGCUGCUCUCUCAUCACUAACUGAACAAUGUGGGGGUAAAUAUCACGUCUUCAACAAUAAGAGUAAAUACAGGACUCAGGUCAGAGAGCUAAAGGAGAAAAUUGAGGCCAUGGCGGAGAAGAAUGGGGGAGCAAACUACACCAGUGAGAUGUACAAGGUGGCGCAGAGAAGAAUAAGAGAAAAGGAGGAGAGGGAAAGAGAAGAGGAAGAGAAAAUGAAAGGAGGAGGAGCAGCAGCAUUCGCAGUGUCUUUUAAUUAA